AUGUCAUCAAAGCCUUAUAUUGAGCUUGCCUACGUCAAAAAAGCCAAGCCAAAACCCAACGAACUCCGGGACGCAACAGUUGACUCAAGGCCAAAAUCCUUCCAAUUCCGCCAUGUCGCUCAAUGCUUCUGCUCUGAUACUAAUGGAAAUUCCUCGAAAAUCACGUGCUCUGAAAGCUGCCCAUUAAAGUCACCACUCUCUUGUCGAAAAGCUCACAAGUGGUGCCAUAUAGCUGGAGUCCCUCAUAAUAGCGAAGCAUUAUAUGUAGAGCUGUUAAAAACUCCCUUAAGUACGAGAAAAUACCUGACACAUUUGGAUCAAAUUGAAAUGGACUUAUUACGAACUUUUCCUGAUGUACCUUAUUUUAGCAGUGAAGUCGGUAGAGAGUCAUUGAAAAGAGUACUUUGUGCUGUAACAAAAUACAAUAUAAAACUUGGCUAUGUGCAAGGUAUGAAUUUUUUAGCUGCAUCCUUGUUAUAUCAUACAAGUGAAUCGCAAACUUUCUGGAUGAUGCUGAUUUUGCUUGAUAAAUAUGAAUUAAAAGAGAAUUUCAAGCCGGAUUUUCCGGGAUUGAUGAGGCAUUGCUAUGUAGUAGAUUUUCUUUUAGAAAGAAGAUUGCCUAGACUAGGUCAACAUUUUAAAGAGAUGAUGAUAACAUCACCAAUGUUUCUCACUGAUUGGUGCCUAACACUUUUUACGAGGCAAAUUCCUUUGCGCUAUAACUAUAAAAUUUUAGGAAAUUUUUUCAAACAAGGUUGGGGAUUUUUUUACAAACUUGUUUUAUGCUAAUUGAGAUAAAUAUAGCCCUUUUUAUUACAUUUAGCUUGCAGACAGUGAAUUUUAGCUUUAUGAAUAUCCAUUUAGUAUAAUAUACUUAUUUUAAGAAGACUAGAAACUCGCCUACUUGCUGCUGCGCGACAAGAGAAUUAUUAUUAAAUUGAAUUAUUACUUAUUUAAACGAUCUUAUUUCAGGCGUCUUUUUAAAAUUUCACUUCUACAUAAUUCAAUGUUUCUUUUUUUUGCCCUCUGAAAAAACUGACCCAGAGAUUCUCCUGAUUCCUCCCUCGGACCAGGGUGUGGCGCUAUUGGGUGAGCCAAUCUUUUCCUAAGGGCAAAAAAAUGAAUUUGCGACAAGAGAAGAUAUUUUAUCAAUAAUAAAACCGUUUCAGCCAGGAGAUUGGAAAGAGUUUGUUAAACUUUUGAAAAAUAGUAGGCUUGAAAAAUUGAGCUGGAAAAAACUUGCAAAAAUAGCGAAAAAUGAUAACAUUGAUAUGGAAUUAGUAUCUGAAUUACUUGAGAGGCCUGAGUCUGCGCUAGAAAAAUAUUAA